UAGUUUGCGCAUGCGUGUCAGCGGCGUUAGCAGCUAACCCGGCUGGCAGUUCCUUCCUCGGAAGGAGAGAUCACUCUGCCAUGGAGUCCUACGAUGUGAUAGCCAACCAGCCUGUCGUGAUCGACAACGGAUCCGGUGUGAUUAAAGCUGGUUUUGCUGGUGAUCAGAUCCCCAAAUACUGCUUUCCAAACUAUGUGGGCAGACCAAAGCACGUCCGGGUCAUGGCAGGAGCCCUCGAAGGUGAUAUCUUCAUUGGCCCCAAGGCCGAGGAACACCGAGGGCUGCUCUCGAUCCGCUACCCCAUGGAGCAUGGCAUCGUAAAGGACUGGAAUGACAUGGAGCGCAUCUGGCAAUAUGUCUACUCUAAGGAUCAGCUGCAGACUUUCUCAGAGGAGCAUCCUGUGCUCCUGACGGAGGCGCCUUUAAACCCACGGAAAAACCGGGAACGAGCUGCUGAAGUUUUCUUCGAGACCUUCAAUGUGCCAGCCCUUUUCAUCUCCAUGCAAGCUGUGCUCAGCCUUUAUGCCACAGGCAGGACCACUGGUGUGGUGCUGGAUUCUGGGGACGGCGUCACCCACGCUGUGCCCAUUUAUGAGGGCUUCGCCAUGCCUCACUCUAUCAUGCGCAUCGACAUCGCUGGCCGCGACGUCUCUCGCUUCCUUCGCCUCUACCUACGCAAGGAGGGCUAUGACUUCCACUCGUCCUCUGAAUUUGAGAUUGUCAAAGCCAUAAAAGAAAGAGCCUGCUACCUAUCCAUAAACCCCCAGAAGGAUGAGACACUAGAGACGGAGAAGGCCCAAUACUACCUGCCUGAUGGCAGCACCAUUGAGAUUGGUCCUUCCCGAUUCCGGGCACCUGAGCUGCUGUUCAGGCCAGACCUGAUUGGUGAGGAGAGUGAGGGCAUCCACGAGGUCCUGGUGUUUGCCAUCCAGAAGUCUGACAUGGACCUGCGGCGCACACUUUUCUCCAACAUUGUCCUCUCAGGAGGCUCCACCCUGUUCAAAGGUUGGUCUUUGCUCCCUGCUUUGGGUGACAGGCUACUGAGCGAAGUAAAGAAACUGGCUCCGAAAGACGUGAAGAUCAGGAUAUCGGCACCUCAAGAGAGACUGUAUUCUACAUGGAUUGGGGGCUCUAUCCUCGCCUCCCUGGACACCUUUAAGAAGAUGUGGGUCUCCAAGAAAGAAUAUGAGGAAGAUGGUGCCCGAUCCAUCCACAGGAAAACCUUCUAAUGUUAGGACCUCAUCUUCACCUCUCUCUGAAGUUAAACUCCACUUUAAAAAACUCGCUUUAUUAAGUUGGAGGGGUUUGCGAGGAGCUGCCUGUGUAUGCAAGUGUGGUGUGUGGGUGCGUGGGUAUGAGUGUGUGCAUAUAUGCGAGUGCCGUGUGGCCCAGGGAUCCACGGCCCAGAAGGACAAUGAACUGCCCACGAUGGUGACGGCCUGAGGCCUGGGGUUGACCACUAACUGGCCCCUGACAGGAAGAGUGCUGGGAGCAGCCCCACUCCUUUGUCAGCUGGGCCUUUGUCUGGCUGUGUGGGACUAUGUUUACUACCAUAGGGAGACCUAGAGGGAGCUAAACCCAGCCCCCAUGGGACCUUGCUGCUGCCCAUCCCCUCAACCUCCCCAGGGUGGCCUGAGGUCCAAGGCAACUGCUGCCUCCCCUUGCUCAUCAUUCUGCUCUCCAUGCCUCUUGAUCAUGGACUGAUCAAGCUGGGGCCAGGGUUUUCUAUCUGGUUUUGUUGCAGUUUGGGUUUGGGAGGCUGGAAAAACACUCCAGGAGCUGUUACAGAGAUUCCGGGGUCAGUGAUAGGGUAGGGUGUUCUCAAGAUGACCUGGGGACUAGGUCUGGGCAUUUGAGGAGGGCAAGAGGAGUGCUACUUCUGAGUGGCUGCAGAGGGGGUCUUUGGGAGAGUUUAAGGAGCCUGUUGGCUCCAGGUCCUAUUCCUUGCUUUUCAUCCAUCCUUGUUUCAAUGCCAUCUUCAGUUUUAUUUAUUGAAGUGUUCGUUCAUUAAGGGGACUGGAGAGAGGUAGCUUAUCGCCUCCUGCUGUUCCCCCACCGCCCGUUCCCUGUUCACACUAAUGUUUACAGCAUCUAAGCUUAGCACGGCAUGCAGGGCCCCACCACUCCCUGCUGACGGUGAACUGACAGUAGCCAUAGGCCUCAAGACCAGUUUGGCAUUGAGGCUACACUCAAAGGCACUUCCACCUGCCUCUUUCUCCCUUUUCCACUUGCUCACUGCCCUGGAAUCAACAGGCUGAUUGCUGGUCAAAUUUUCUAAAACAGAAGGUAGACUCAUUUUCUUUGGCAGAGACCCCUAGCAAAGGAGGGGUGUUGGAGAGCCAGCCCCCUAGGGAUGAGUGAAAGAGCCACCAUCAGAACAGCAUUAACCAGGUUGCCUUCUCCUACUCUAGCUGACCUGGGGGGCCAGGUUGUAGAGGCGGGAAGUCCCCCUGUGGCUGAUCUCGUGCCAUUCUCGGCUUUGGACCUGCUUGGCUUGAGGGAAGGGACCAGACCAGCGUACCCAGAGGUGAUGGGCUCAGGCUCAUCUUCUCUGGUCCAGUGGCCAAUGGCCUGCCCUGGACUGACCUGGCCUAACAGGUCCAAAGGCCCUUCACGUCUAGAGGGUGCAAAGCUGGGGCUAGCAUGUCUUCAUCGGCAUCCUCACCUGUGACACCAAGGCCCACCUCAAUUCCAAAUUCCAGGCAGUAUUCUCCCCCAUACCAUCCUUUGACCAAAGGCCCCUGCCAGAUGUGGGCCGCAGCAGAAGGUGUGUAUGAAAGCAGUGUGGCGACCCGCAGACUGCAGUGUGCUUAACCAGCUCACCUCCCUUCUCUUAGUCCUACCCUGUCCCUUGCACAGCCUCGCACAAACCAUGUUGCCUGGUGGGGCCCAGUGUACUUAAAUAAAGUUGUUCCGAUAGACAUGUCA